AUUAGGGAACCGCGAAGCGAAACAGAGUCACCACCGUAAGAUGUUGUUAGCUGAAAAUUCCUGGAGGGUCCUUGACGAUUUCAGUUUGUUUUUGUUUUAAUUGGUACUGUGGUUAUUUUUAUGGGGACUAUGUUCUUAGGCGGAUGUAUCAAGGGAAAGGGAAGAGGCGUUUCCAUGGUGAUGAGUCGUUUGGAUCCUGAGAGUGACUAAAACACAACAGAGUGCAGGCUGGAGAAGUAGGAUUUCUAGCUUAAAACAGUGAGAGAGAAGGGGAGAUAAAUCAACUAACUUUGACUGGGGAAAGAAUGCGAAGAACAAUAAAAAGAAAAAGUGAUAGAUUAAACAGGAAGCUGUCUGAGUAAGCAUGAGGUACAGGCUGGCCUGUUCGCUCUAGGUGAGAGCAGUUGCUUCAAAGCAAAAGAUCAAACGAUAUAAUAAUGUAAUUUUUUAACGAUAAAGAACUGGAGGGAAUGACUAUAAAUUAAAAUCCGGGACAGUUUGGAGGAGGAGGAAAGCGUUGAAAAUAGUUUCAUACUUAAAUUCUGUUGCGAAUGUGCUUUUGAGACCCAGGGAUUAGUGCAUCCAAAAAUAUUCUUUUGAAAAUCCCUGCCCUGUAAAACAGGUCAGUAAUAUUAAGAAAAUGAAACAAAAGAUUCUUUGACAUGAAAAAAAGAAAAAGGGGAAAUUUAUGAAAUUGGAUGCAAAAUUGCAGGUUGAGCAAGAUCAAUAGUUAUCUAGGAAUGGAGGAUAAAAUACCUACCAGCAAAUGUAAGAUGAAGUCAACCACAAAUCUGAGUGUUGAAUCAGAAGAAAAGAAGAAAAUUAAGAAGAGAGAUAAGGCAAAGAAGAAAUCCUCUACGACAAGAAGAAAUUCUUCAAGUACUCCAUCGACUUCAGAUGAGACAGUUCUGGCUCAUAAACACCGGAAAAGCAGUAAACGGCAUACACAUGCUACAUCUCCAAAUAUUGAAACGCCGUUUAGUCAAGGGGACACCAAGCAAAAUCCAAAAUCUAGGAAUAUCAGCGAUAAAACCGACAGAAGUCAGGAUUCAGAUGGUGAUUCCCUUUACUCUGUAGAUCAGCUGGCAACGUCAAUAAAUGAGACUUUGCGGUGGGAUGGAAUUCUUGAAGAUCCCGUAGCAGAAGAGGAGAGGAUCAGACUUUACAAGCUAAAUCGACAGCUGAGGUACCUGGCUGCCCAGAAAAGUUCUUACAAGGAUAUUGAACUUUGCCAACAGGAGCUUUCUGCUAUUCGGUCUCAGAAGGAGAAUCCAUAUAUUAUCAGCAGUAAGACGUUACAGCAACUAGCCAUAAAGGAUCACUGCAACUCUUAUUUUGUGGGCCAAUGAUCCUGAAGCCAAAAUACAUUUUUGCCCGAGCCAGAGUCCCAGUUCAUAUCCCUCUAAUCACAAUGAUACUUGCAGUUAUAAAGCUCUGGAUACAAAUAUGAAAGUGGUUUAAAUUGCCUUUUUUAUAUGGUUUCUCAAAUGUUCUGAAAGAAGAUCUUAGGCUGAACAACUAGGACAAAGGAAGACUGUUGCAUAUCAAACCUCUUCAGUUUGGAUUCAGAAUAUUGACUGAAAUUAUUAAGUGAACAUUGACAAUCUAUUUGAGCACUACAGAAUUCUGUAAAGACAACACAUAUUGAGCUCAGUGAAGAAAAGAAAUUAGGGUUUUGAAUCCAAUUUGUGUUUCCUUUUUUUUCAGGGGGGGAAUAGGCAAAAUCGUUGUAUCUUAAUGGGUUAAUUGGAUUCCAGUUACUAUUAGGUAAAAUCAGUAGGCAUUUAAACCUACAACUGCUCAGACUAAUGGUUUCUUCCCUCAUUCAAAUUGCUCGUUUAGGUGUUUGAACAAAUUCUCUCUGUGUAAAUUAUAAGCUGGGAGACCAAAGUGUCAUUUUUCUUCAUUGUGAGGUUUUGUUGUUCUUAUAAGAUGCUGCUAUUUUGAUUUGCAAGCAAGGUACAGUGAUUAGUAACACACUAAUCCGCUCCUGCAAUCUCUCUUGAAUGGAGUGAGCAGCCAUGGAGGUGAGAAAUUACUGUUGAGCCAGUUCUGGCUUCUCCCACACAUCUUUGUAUAGCCAUUCCAGGUUUCAUGUUGGCAGUACUCUGAACUGGGUCACCAACCAUACCCUCAGAUGAUGUGUUAUUUAUUUAAGAUGUGAAAUUGUGACCAGUUGUAUUAAUAUACAUAAAGACAUUUUAAAAACUGAUAAAUUCACAAGUCAGUGAUAUGUACUCAAAGAUGCAAAGGGAGAACUUGUAAUGUUGCACUAACUCUCAGCACGAUUAGUGCAUCAAAAACCUCAUUUUGGCUACCAGUGAUUUAAAGAGGGAUUGUAAAACAGAGCUAUUUUUAAAAGCUAUGGUUAGUUUUGAGCACAAAUUAUUUCAUACUUUUGUUUUGGUGAGUCAAAUAUAUCUGCACUUUCAGCAGGAAUUGUUCAAUCAAUGAAGAUCUUGCCUGAUUGUACAUCUGACUUUUAGAUUCAGCCUCAGGCUUAUCUUUGUUAAAUAUCCAGCUUCAAAAUAUUUUCUAUACUUCCAACAUAUAUGAUAGGCUGCAGAGUUUUGAGAUAGAAA